AUGUUCUUAUUCCAACUCCCUCUUUUUGUGAUCUGUGUUACUGUAGUUUCGGGUGAUGUUUUAACUGACAGUGCCAAGAUAGCGGCCUUGAAGAACCACAAUGAUCACAGGAGGGUGAUAGCCAAGGGAAACGACAAAAAUAAGGAUUCGGCUAACAUGCCAAAGGCUUCGAAUAUGCAGAAAUUAGUAAGAAAGUUUGUUGAAUAUUAUAACUAAUCUGAUUACUAUAAGGUUUACAACAAAGAUUUGGAGAAAAAAGCGCAAGAUUGGGCGGCACAAUGUAAAUUUGAGCAUACUCCACAAACCGGGGAUCAUUAUGGGCAGAAUUUGUAUAUGACCAGUCAAAAUCUGCCGCAGGGUAAGAAGGAUUUAUAUUAUUUUUAUAACUCUCGAAUAUUUUAGAACAAGCCAUGACCAAUGCUGGGGAUUCUUGGUGGCAGGAGCUUCCAGAAAAAUAUGGAGGAACGAAUGUCAAAUUUGAUAUGAGCAUUGCAAACCAAGGAGUUGGCCAUUUCACUCAAGUAAGUCAUCAUUUAUUUUAAAUUACCUUAUCCUAAAGAUGGCUUGGGCUCAAUGUCGAAGUAUGGGAUGUGCUGUUCAAAAAUGUAAUUUCGGAACUUAUGUCGUUUGCAAUUACGAUUCUGGAAACAUGAUCAACGACAACAUCUAUAACACUGGAGAACCUUGCUCGGCAUGCCCUCAGGGAAUGGAAUGCCAAGAUGCACUGUGUGCUGUCAAAUGUAAGAAGAGUAAGAAGAGAAAGUAA